UCAUCACCCACCGUCUUAACUCUCACCCUUUUUUCCAUUUAAAAGCAGAAAAAGAGGGCACAAUUCAACACUUCUAUGUCAAACUAAACUUUCCCAUUAAAAUUGACUUGUGCUUCAACCAAUCUGGUCCUGCCACAGCACCAUCAUCUCAUGCAACCCUGAACACGGUGGACCAAAAACCUCCCAUUUUCCCAAAAUUAAUAUAUAGCAAAGAGAGACAAUAGGGUGAUGAGAGAGGCGCGGAAGGCAACAACACCAAUAAAGAGAGAGCAGCGACUAGCAAAGCUCAGAGCUAGAAAAAGAAAAGUGGCAAAGCUGUUGUAGAACCGAAGCAACUCCAUGCCAUGGUAUUCAUUUGAAGAAAGCUGAGAGAACUCGGAGGUAUCUCUCUGCAGCUUUACCUUUAUCACUUUGCCUCCUUCAGCAUGCUUUUCCUUGCCUUUUAAGCCCCAUUCAGUACUACCUUCUUCCACCACCACUUCGUCCAUGGAGUUUGACCUUGAAAACCCUUUGGAAAAUCUUCACUCCGAUGCUGUCUCUUAUCUCUUCCUCAUUGAAUCUGACCACACCCUAUCACAGAAUCAUUCUCACACUCUCAAAGCUAGAGAUCUUGACAUCUCUGUCAGAAGAGAACUUCUUUCCUUAAUCGCAAAGUUGUCCUGCACUUUGGAUCCGGCUUUGUCUUAUCUUGCUACCAACUAUCUGGAUCGGUUCCUAGCCAGCCAAGGAAUUUCGCAACCAAAGUCAUGGGUCCUCAGGCUCAUUGCUGUCUCUUGUAUUUCUCUAGCUGUCAAGAUGAUGAGAACUGAAUGCCCAGAUGCUCAGGAUAUUUUGAAUCAAAGUGAUGGGGGCAUCAUCUUUGAGACACAAACAGUGCGAAGAAUGGAAGCACUUAUCUUGGGAGCAUUACAAUGGAGAAUGCGGUCGAUCACUCCAUUCUCUUUCAUACCUUUCUUCAUUGCCUUGAUGGGUAUCGAAGGCUCACCAAUGGGGAGGGUUCUGAAAAACCGUGCUUCUGAAAUCAUAUUCAUGUCACAAAGAGAGAUAAGGCUUUGGGAGUUCAAGCCAUCUAUGACUGCUGCAUCUGCUCUUUUGUGUGCUUCUCAUGAGUUGUUUCCUUUUCAAUAUCCGUCCUUCUUAAAAGCAAUAACCGAGUCUUCAUAUGUAAAUAAAGAAAGCGUGGAGCAGUGCUACAAAGUGAUACAAGACAUAGCCAUAGAGGAGGAGUACGAGUCUGCGUUGAAUGGGGUUUCAAGGUCAGACACACCGAUUAAUGUGUUGGACCAUCAUUUUCUCAGCUCAGAAAGUGAAAAAACCAACGGAAUCACCGUUGCUGAUUCUCCUCUGAGACAAGAGAGGGACCUCAAAAGAAGGAAAAUCACUCUAUGUGGAAACAAUCCAACGAUCCACAACUCUUGAAUUAACUAAACCGUGCUCA